GAUGGAGGCAUUGAAGACCAAGGUAUUUCGAAGGCUACAUUUGCAAACUACUGCUUUCCAAACCUUACCGACGUUCGUAUCAGGGCGGUGGUCGGUGAAAAAGACACCCAGAGCGCUUGGGUGAUCGAAGAUCUAAUUUUCAAUCCUUCGCUCAAAAUACUACGGACAUUCGGCACCGCCUGGUAUGGCGAGGAACUCUCUUGCUUUAAAUGGUCUGCACACAAGAACUACAACCUGGAGUAUUUAGACCUCAUGGAAACAUACAUUGACGCCGAGGGGCUAAUGACAGUUCUCACGCGCUGUCCGAAUCUAACGGGAAUAGCGAUAAGGUUGCCUGACGAGUACAGGAAGCUGCUGGAUCAAUACGAAACGGAAGACAGUGAAAACGCUGAUUGCAUCAUCAACCUCGAUGACUUCGGGAACGUUCUUCGAAAAUUUGGUCAAAAUCUCGAAGAGGUCGAUUUCAACACUUUCUUUUAUGACAGCUAUAGCGCAGACUAUCUAUGUCGAAGUCCGAUUUCAGAAAUAAUUGGUUCCCUCCGAGAGCUCAAAUCCCUGCGACACCUCAAACUCAGCAAAGAAGCGCUAAUCGGAGGCAGUGAGUCGCUCUUGCGAUUGAGUGAUGUUCUACCGGAAUCAAUUGAAACUCUUUAUCUGCAUUGUGGUAAAGUUUACGAGCUAGAGGAUUGGGUCGAGUUUGAACGUGAGCUGUAUAAACAGGAAGUUAACAAACUGCUUCUCGACGGUAUGCCUAAUCUCCGCGAGAUUCGGAUGGAGAGAUACGUUGAUUGGCAUGAGUUUGAUUAUUGUAAUCCAGAGGAGUUGGAUUACUUUCGGAGUGAAUAUAUCUAUCCGAAGGAGGCCGAGUGGCCAGCUGAGCUGCAUGUCAAUGGCUGGGAUGUGGACAUCGUCGAGGCGCGCCUUUAUGAGAUACGUGGAAGGCCAGCGUGUAACCGCAACAUUAUCACUCUGUCAAGGAAGACAUGAACGGACUUUGCUUAGGCCCAGCUUGAUGCAGAUCAAGGACGGGGCGCUCGACUGAGAUGUUGCAUGCAACCUUGUGGCCCAUGUCCUGUCAUCUGUAGCCUAUCAUAAAAUACAAGUCAUCGAAUUCGCUAAUCUGAUCCCCUGAUCUUUGUUCCCUCCUCA